AUGUAUAAACCUACUGGUACAAAUGUCACUCCUUUGGGAGCAAAGAGACGUUUUAGAGAUGGUUCAAAUGAGCGACCUGUGAAAAAUGAGCCAGAUUAUCAUUCAAGAGAUUAUCGCUCAUCCAGCUCAUCAGCACCACCACCUCCAUCCAAUCCAACAUCUGAUGGUUCAGCACCAAAGAGAAAGCGUAAGAGUCGUUGGGGAGAUGAGCAACAAAAGGUCAUUAUCCCCGGUUUACCUACUACCAUCUCAAAGGCAAACAGAGAUCAAUCCGAAAAGUAUCUUUUGCAAAUUAGAUUGGAAGAAGUAAACAGAAAGAUUCGUACAAAUGAUUUUACGCCAGGAGAGCGUGAGAGAUCACCUUCUCCUGAGCCCAUUUACAAUGCUGAUGGUAAACGUGUGAAUACCAGAGAAGCCAGAUACAAAAAGAAAUUGGAAGAUGAACGUCAUAGAUUGAUCGAAACUGCCAUAAGAACGAUUCCCAACUUUAGACCUCCCCUUGAUUACAAGCGUCCUACAAAGACUCAAGAAAAGGUCUAUAUUCCUGCUAAAGAAUUUCCUGAAAUCAACUUUAUCGGUCAACUCAUUGGUCCUCGUGGAAAUACGUUAAAGAACAUGGAAUCAGAAUCUGGCGCAAAAAUCAGCAUUCGUGGUCGUGGAUCAGUGAAAGAGGGUAAAUCAAGAACUGACGCAGCUGCUGGUGCUGGUCAAGAGGAAGAUUUGCAUUGUUUGGUUACGGCAGAUACGGAAGAAAAAGUCAGAAAGGCUGUCAAAUUGAUUGAAAAGGUCAUUGAGACCUCGGCCUCUGUACCUGAAGGUCAAAAUGAAUUGAAGAGAAAUCAAUUGCGUGAGUUGGCUGCUUUGAACGGUACAUUGCGUGAUGAUGAAAAUCAAACUUGUCUGAAUUGUGGUGCGCCUGGUCAUAGAAGAUAUGAAUGUCCUGAAAGACAGAACGUUACUUCCAGCUUAACUUGUCAUGUCUGUGGUGGUUUGGGCCAUAUUGCUCGUGAUUGUAAUCAGAGAAACAACCCAGAGAUGGCAAAUCAAGCUCGCGAGCGUGAUUCUCAACUCGACAGUGAAUAUAUGAAUUUGAUGGCUGAAUUGGGCGAGUCUGUUCCUGGAAGCGAUGCUAACCGCUCUUAUGGUGGAUCUGCUCCUCCUGGCGGUAAUGCUGCUCCAUGGCAACAAUCAAGAUCUGGUGGAUCUGCCGCCCCACCAUGGCAACAACCUAAAACUGGCGGUGCCGCUCCUCCACCAUGGUCUACACCCAGCGCUAGCAGUUAUGGAUCACCUGCUGGUAGAGAUGCAGUACCUGGUGGUCAGAGUGCUCCCUGGCAAUCAGGCGGAUACAACGCAUAUCAGGCACAAGGAUAUUACAAUGGUUAUGGAUCUUAUGGAUAUUACGACCCAUCUCAAGCACCACCACCUCCGCCUUCAUCAUCGGGUCAGGGCGUAGAUCAAUGGGGUAUGGCUCCACCUCCACCUCCACCAUCAUCGGAUGAUAGUCUUCCUCCUCCUCCACCUCCACCACCAUCUUCUGAUUCAACACAACCACCUCCACCUCCACCUCCUAGCUCCUAG